GGUCCGGGAGGUUGUGUUGCAAUAUCGGUCGGAGGAGGGUCGGGCGCCCCGCGCCGCGUCUCGGCCGGCGGCGCGCCGAGCUGUCAAAUCGCCUCCGACAGGCAGCCGGCUCGAACGCACGGCUCCCCGCGCCGCCAUCGCAGCCGUCUCGUGCGCGAGUGAGUGACUCAGACCGCGAGUGUGCCGCAUGACACAGUCGCCGCCAUGAACGGCAGCGCCACCACGGUCAACGGGGCCGUGAACGGUGCCAAUGGGACUCUGAACGGGAUAGGCUCGGCGCAGCGGACGGCCACGCUGGGGACUCCCAGCAGCUACGCGUACACGUCGAGCGGCUCGCUGCUGGGCCGCGGGGCGGCGCGCCCGGUGCCUCCGCCGACGCUGCCCAAGUACAGCGGGUCGUUCAGCGCGGGCAGCACGGGGCUGCGCGAGCGGGAGCGCGAGGGCGCGGGCGGCUCGCACCGCCUCGCCAGCCUGGAGCGCCUCGCGCUGCGGCAGCGCAUCAUCGAGCAGAGCUCCAACAACCAGGUGGUGUCGGGGCUCGCGGUGCCGGCCGCAGCGCCCAACGGAGGGAUCACGGCCGCCACCGUCACCCUCACCGACGUGGCCACGUUGCAGAGUAAACGCGAGCUGUUCUUCAAGUCGGACACGGUGGCGCCGGGCCCGCCCUCGUCCGCGCCGCCCGCGCCGCCGCUCGGCCAUUCGGCGCUCAAGGAGGCGCUGGCCAAGCGAUCAGCCACCCUCCCCGACCCGCCAGAGAACCACCACGAGAGCAAUGGCGUGGCCAAGCUGAGCAACAGCGUGUCGGUGGACGGCAAGCCGAAUAGCGCGCCGCCGCCGACGCCGGCGCCCCCCGUGCCGACCGUGGCCGUCGCGCCCACGCAAAUCAGAACCACAGAUAAUAAGAAAACGGAUCACCCGCCGGUGGCGCCCAAGCCAGACCUGCCUAAAAUAGAGAAACCAAAGACAAAAGAGCUUGACGGGUACGUCGGGUUCGCGAACCUUCCCAACCAGGUGUACAGGAAGGCUGUGAAGAAAGGCUUCGAGUUCACACUUAUGGUGGUCGGCGAAACCGGGCUCGGCAAGUCAACGCUCAUCAACUCUCUCUUUCUCACCGACGUGUAUGAUAAGGACAAGCACCCGGGCCCCUCCCACCGGGUGAAGAAGACGGUCGGCGUGGAGACCAGCGUCGUGCUGCUGAAGGAGAACGGGGUGAAUCUGACGCUGACCAUUGUGGACACGCCCGGGUUUGGUGACGCGGUGGAUAAUAGUAAUUGCUGGCAACCGAUCAUAGACUUCGUCGAAUCGAAGUACGAAGAGUUCCUCAACGCCGAAUCCCGAGUGACCCGCAAAGCGGCGCCGCCCGACACUCGCGUCCAUUGCUGCCUCUACUUCAUCGCGCCCAGCGGCCACGGGCUGAAGCCCCUCGAUGUGGAGUUCAUGCAGCGGCUCGGCGAUAAAGUCAACAUCAUACCGGUCAUAGCCAAGGCCGAUACGAUGACGCCUGAGGAGUGCAAGGACUUUAAGGAGCAAAUAAUGAAAGAGCUAACGACACACAAGAUCAAGAUCUACGACUUCCCCGAGAGCAUCGGCGAGGAGGGCGACGCGGCGGAGACCACCAAGACGUUGAGAUGUCGCGUCCCUUUCGCGGUGGUGGGCGCUAACACUGUGAUAGAGCAGGACGGCAAGAGAAUCCGGGGAAGAAAGUACCCGUGGGGAGUUGCUGAAGUGGAGAACCUGGAACACUGCGACUUCCUGGCGCUUCGCAACAUGGUGAUCCGGACACACCUGCAAGAUUUAAAAGACGUCACCAGUUCCGUGCACUAUGAGAACUACCGGUGCCGCAAACUGGCCGGGUUAUCGCACGACGGCAAACCGCACAGGAUUAACUCCAACAAGAAUCCUCUGGCACAAAUGGAAGAAGAAAAGAGAGAGCAUGAUCUCAAGAUGAAGAAGAUGGAGAGUGAAAUGGAACAGGUAUUCGAAAUGAAAGUCCGCGAGAAGCGCGCCAAGCUCAAGGAAUCCGAAGCGGAAUUAGCCCGACGACACGAGGCGACGCGGCGCGCGCUGGAGACCCAAGCGAGGGAGCUGGACGAGCGGCAGCGCGCGCUGGCGGCAGAACGAGCUGCCUGGGAGCGGGAGACCGGGUUGUCGCUGGAUGAUCUGAGGCGACGCAGUCUGGAGGCCAACAGCAAGGAGACAAUGGACGGUAAAGACAAGAAAGACAAGAAAAAGAAAGAUUGGUCAUUUAAAAAUAACUGGAAUGGUUAAUGGAAAAGGAAGCACUGUAUGUAUAAGUCAUAACUUAUUUACGAUUAAAUAUAAAUACAAUAAAUGAACAACGACAACCGAAAGACUCGUGCUGCAAACUGCGUCAUCACUGCAAACCAAACGAACGAAAAACUAAUUAGUGUAUACUAUUACUUUCUAAGACUUAUUCCAUGACAAAGCAUUUAAAACACACAGGCCUAAUUUUUGUUUUAUAACGGGUUUGAUAAAAAGUAUAUUUGUGACUGUUUCGUGAUUAAGUAGUUAGCAGUGAUACGACUUUGCACCGGCAUUUCCAAGGCUUAUGACUUUUAAAUUUACGUCCACAGAGAUGCCAAAUAGUAUUACAUGCUCGCCUUGAGUGAUUAAUUAAAUUGUACUGAACUUAGAUUCCUUUGAAUAGUACCUAUUGACUCAUGUGAAUCAAUAGAAUCUUAGUUCAGACAAAGUUAAAUUUACAUUUUAGAAGUUCCAUAUUUUAUCAUGACUUUUAUCAUGUAGUAAAUGUAAUAACGCAUGAUGUAAACACCAGCUCAAUAUCCGUGUGACAUCAUUUCAGCACUUUUUAAUCGUAUAAAUAAUCCACUAGGACUAGGACAUUAUGAAACUCAUUCGUAUUCCCGUUCAAAGUCUUUCAAGUCGGUAGUCAGAGCUGCGUUUGUAUGAAACUAGUUUAUAUCAAAUAAGUACCUACGCAUUAGCGGAAUCUAGAUUCUAAAUUUUAAAAUAAGAAUUAUAUUUUUUACUUCGUAAAUAUUGCAUCGUUUGGCUUCAUAUUGGUGCAUUCGUGUUGCAAAUACAACGUGUGACUUGAUUGCAAUGUUUGUUAUACAUUAGUGCAUAGUGAUACUGCAUGCUCAUAGCCAGUUGUGACAUAGGCUCUUAACUCUAGAUAGUAUUAAGGGUUUUACUAUUUUUAUGGAGACGUGAAUGCUAGCUCGGUUAUAAGUCGAUGGCCUAAGAUUAAAUUUACACUUAAAUUCGUUGCAAUUUUGGCGUGAAAAUUGCUAGCGGUACAUUGAUGGCAUCUUUGUAUUGAUAUGGGCUUGUUCCAUCGGCUUAGUAAGUGAGGACAUUGCAAUAAGAGUCUAAUGUCACGGUAAUAAGGUGUGAAAUAGGCCGAUAUCGCGCAGGAUUUAUGUGAUGGAUGACAUUCUAAAAAUAACUUCUCGCUGCCAUAGAAGUAGCCUUACAUCGUUAAUAAUAAAUAAUCUAGAUGUUGAAAUAUAAUAAAUAAAACAAUUAUAUUUUAAAACCGAUGAAAGUUGCCACUCUCACGCAUACUAUUUUCAGUUAAAUUAUAUAUCAAUCGAUACGAAACGGUUAUAAUAUAAAAAAACUCAUUUAAUCUGCUCAAAAUAUAAUGCUACAGUAUUUUGUUUCUCUCGUGUUUACGCCACCACCCUUAUUACUGUCUAUGUACCUAUAUUAUUAUUGUAAUAAUUUGUAUACUGAACUAAAACAGGUUUUAAAUUGAGAAUUUCACAAUAAUUUUAAUACAUGUUUUUUUCUAAAAAAACAAUUUAUUCGCAUUUUUAAUAAAAACUCCUGACAUUCUCAAUUGAAAAGCUGAUUGUAUCUAAGUAAAAUAUUGUACCAUCACGACGUUUAUGAGAUUUUAGUUUUCCAAUUAUUUAUGUUGAUGUAAAUAUUAUAUAGUUUGAUUAUGUCGUAUACACUCCGUAUGGGCUAUUUAAAUAUGCAUAAUCUUAUGUAAUCGGCAUGCCAUUUGUUUUUUAUUGUUCUACAGUAUUGACUUCCGCGGUUAGGGCUUAAUUUAAGAUGUAUGCUUUAUUUUGUAUUGCUCGUCGACAGACGUGAGCGACACGAUGCGACGGGACGCGACAAAAUGCGACACACACAUCACGUGAUGAAAGCAACUAAUUGAUUGCGAGAAUGUAGGCCAAAGUACAUCAUACAACGACAUUUGAUAGCUUAGUCGCGUCGCGUCGCCUUGUCGCGGCGUCUUGUCGCGUGUUGUCGCUCACCUGUGACGACGGGUCGCUGUCGGGCGCCGCCCACUUUACCAUACAGAUCAUUUGCAUAGUCAUAGAGGAUGUGAUGUGAUGGAUAAAUGGAAUGCUCUUGGAAGAGAUGGUGUAAUAUAUUGUACCUUUGAUUAUAAAUAAAUACGUAAUAUAUAGGA